UGUGUACCCAAUAUUCCCUUUCCCCAUCAUUAAUGUUGUUUCGUGAUAACACUGUUAACUAAUUGGUCUGCUGCGUGGUCUGGUUUUGUAUGUAUAUAAACGAAUGUCUGAAAUAUAAUGACGAACGUAAACAGGUGAACAUUGGACUUAAGUUCUUCCCCUUCGUUCGUGGGUAAUUAGUAUUGGGUUAACUUCUAGGCAUAUAGUGUCAGUCUUCCUCGUCCUUAGUGUGUAUUGGCUCCUCAGAGUCAUCUGGGCGUAUGAAGUGAUUGUAGGGUACAACAAGUACAUUACGGAAAAACGAUGUCUAAUAAUUUUCAACACUGAGUGAUAAGAUAUUUUAAAUUCUCAGGUAGCGUGUACUAGAAUGGUUGGGAAUAGGUAUUGCCAAAUCUUAAAUUUGUCUCAUCGUUUCUGACCUAAUAACGGCGAACAUUAAGUCAAGAUAAGAUUUUUUCGAUUUACCACGUUACAAAUAAAUUGUCAGAAACUGUAAGGUUACCAGGGUCUGACAUAGAUUAGCUCAAACAAAUAAGACUGAUGGGUUACAAAUAAAUAAAUUCUGCUUCUUUGUUUGUCUAGAAGUGGGUCAUCCAGAAUCUCACUAGAAUGGCCUAAUCAACUAAAAGAUAUUUUCAGAACUUAGUGGAAUCUACGUGUGAACUUAGUGAGUUAACUGAGCAAUAUGUAUCACUUGAAGGUUUAUUAGAAAUCAAACAGCUGGGGCAUAAAACCACAAAGUGACAACAUUUGGUUUAUUUAUAACACAUAUAAAUCCUAGUUUGACAGAGCACCAGAAGCACAUCACAUAAAUGAAAUGAUAAUAUUGUGUGAAAAAGGGUCGAAUAGUUAAUAAAUAAAUGGGAGAAGAUAGUAAUUAAUAAAAAAAUGGUCCAAUUACAAACACAAACAUAAAGAGAAGGUUUAUUUUGUUCUUAUGGAGAAUGUAAAAGAAAACUACAGCAGGAUUGAUACUGGCUUCUGAUAAUAUCUCAAGCUGCUGAACUUUACGGUCUACGAGACCCCUAUCGAGUAGUUAUGAUGGAUCACUAGCUGCUGAUCCUAUACGGCUAUUUUUCAUACUACGUCCCCACGUCGUUAAUUAACUUCCUUUUUUGCACCUAGUCUGAGUGUCGAUAGAUAAGACGAGGUGUGUAAGCUUCUAAAAUGACAUUAGGAAACCACAUCCAAUUAAUCGAACUUGGUGUUCCAGGAUGGUGAUACGAAAUAAUAAUAAUAAUAGUUUAUUCUUAAAUAACAGUUUGUUACACGAGGCAUGCCAGUUUACAGGCAAGGCACGAAGUGAAUCAUUAUCACUGAUCUCGGAUACAUGAUAUCUCACCUUACUAAUACUAAUCUAGUGCACCAGUUGCACUCCUUCGAAGCACUGAUAACCGAACACCUUCGGUUCAGAGGGACCAAGUUUUACGAGCACAAAGCAAAACUUCUUACUGAUGUUGUAAAGCCGAUUUUCACAGACAGAAUAACAUAAUGACGGCGCCAAAGAUGUCCGGAAUUGUGAUAGAGAGCUCUGGCUUUUACUAAGUAUAGACUGAUCUCAUCUGUCACGUCACCAACAGGAUACACAAGGCCCAAACACACUGACAUUUCAACUAUUUCCAUAGGCUCACUUCAAAAGGUAAGUCCAUAACAUGGUUCUGUGGCCUUUGGAGUACGUUGUAUUUCAAAGUUAGAAAAGUACAUGCCAUACAUACAAACUAACUGGAACUGAUUAAAAGUAGUAUGAGUGGGUUGUACAUCACCACAUAGUAAAACAAUGUCGUGUGAGUACUUGAAGUUGAAAAGUCUUUUUCCAGGGAUAAGAUAUCCAUCAACACCAAGUAUUUACUUCAGAGUUGUUUUGCAAAAUGCUAUCGGUGACAAAAUGUUGUGACAUACACUGCAGAAAUCACCAAACUUCAUCACGAGCCAAGCGAUAACUUGAAAUCCUGAAGGGAAACGGAAAAGAAGGCCGAAGAACACACUGCGUCGGAAUUGGAAGCAGACAUAGAAAGGAUGAAUAGUAAGUGGAAACAACUGGAAAGUAUUACCUAGGACGAAGUUGGAUGGAGAAUGCUGGUGAACGUCCUACGCUCCCCAUGAGGGUUAACGGGUGUAUAUAAGUGAGAUAAGCCAUAUAAAGUUGCUCCAAAAUGAUUUCGGUACUAGAAAUUCAGCUAUGUGGAGCAGAAUCCCACCAAGCAUCCGAUAGAGUAGAACAUUUAGGUAUAUAUAGCGAACACUCUACAUCCUGAGUCUUACUACACAAUGUGCGGACCUUUGAGGCAAUCGAAUACUUCUCUCACUAAAUUAUGUACUUGGUCUUGCUCAGACCACGAAUCAUUCAUUCACAUCAGGUACUUUCAUCUUACCACAGUUGCCAAUUUUCGUUGUUUCUAAGAAAAAGUGGUGGUAGAAUAAAGAAACUGAAGUCUAUAUGCAAAACCUAGCGGCUGUUGAAAUGGAAUACAACUCAAUGAUAGGAAACAUGCUUUUUAAAUACUGUUGGCAUUAUCCACAUCACGAAAACGAAUUAUUUUAGGGGUUUGAAACAACCCCAUGCUUGACCAGAUUACCAAUAAGAGGCUUAUUCAGUCUCCCUGUGAAUAAUUCCUAAAAUCAGAAGAUCUAAGAGCUAUGAAUCUAUUGAGUUGAAUUCAUUAUGAGACUUGCAAAUGAAAUCUAUGCAUGUUGCAUAAAAUGUAUGGUUCAUUGCCUAAUACAAGUUAUCGAUUUUGACUUACUUUUGUAGGAAAUAUUCAUGAUACAAAUGUCUGACACUGGUUUUAAAGGCUGUCUAGACAAAGGAUUACAUACAUAAAAAUUACAGUAAGAUUCAGAUUCAUAAAGUGGUUAUGUGAAUUAUUCAUGGACAAGUAAAACGUUUCAAGCAAAAUAAGAUGAUCAGUAGUCCCAUUAUAAUAUUUGGCUGAAAGCAAACACUUUGGUUCCAAUUCUAGUUAUUUUAACUUCAUAUGAAAUUAAUAUCUGAAACGAAGUCCAAGUGCGACAGCAAGCAAAAGACUAGACGCUGGUAGCUGGGACCUAACCAUUAACGUUAAUCAGUCCAAUUUAUAAUUUUUGAGUAUCGUGGCAAAAGAAGUAACAUCUAAGUGCAUGUCAAAAAUAGUUGAAUUUGAAAACAUCUGUUAAUUAAGGAUUAAAAUAGGAAUUAUUUGUGUCAGUUAGUUUAUUAAUAAAUUUACCACCCACACCCAAAAAUUAUUAGUAUCCCAAAACAAAGUCGUAUGUUACACGAAUUCCUCCAAGUAGUACGAACAACAACCUAUCCUUUAUUAACCUCGCGUUUGUUUUCCAAAAACGUCUUAUUAUUAUAUAUACAACUGAUAGAAUUUUAUAGUUCUAAUCACGACCCAGUGUUUUUAGUGGGGAGAUUGAGAUAUCAGUUAUUGGUUCUAGAAAAAAUACUCCCUUUAAAUGAAAUAUUACUCUGAGGCUGUGGUUGAUAAGAUUGAACAUACGUUUAUUCAUCCAUCUAUUUACUUCACACUAAAACACGUGACUCCCAUUGAAACAUCCAAGACAGUAUACACAGGGAUUGCUAUAUCAUAGCAUUCUCUAGUUCAGUACCAAAGGGACUACAUUCAAAGAAACAAAAACAAUAUAGUACCACACUUUAUGAGAUAAGACUACGAUUAGUUUAAUCAACAUGAGACAUAACGUUUUACUUAAUUAAUCCGACGGUAAAACUCUAACCAUAAGUCGAGACUGAUAGUAUUGAGUAAUAAAUACUUUUCGUUGAACUGUAUGCCUUAUAAUGUUAACUCGAAGCUUUCUGACCUUGUAACUAUAAAAUCACUAGAAUGAUUAAAUACAUGCGUCUUCGUAAACGUUUUCGUUAACCUUCCACAAUUUCGCUAUUAUCAAUGUAUUGAAACAAUAUAAAUCACGUUUAUGUAAUUUACUGAUCACAUAUGAUUUAAAAAGAUGAAAUUGUUAGUCUCAAAACUAGGGCCGUUAUCUCACUUUUUAAAGCUAAUAUUCUAGUAAUUCAAUGACUAUUAGUACGCUAGCAAUGUCUUUCAACAGAUUAUAAAAGCAAAUCAUUAUUUAUUAACCAAUUCACCCAGAUAUACACGCAGACUAAUGUCGCCACAAAGUACUAAUAAUACUAAAAUUCGCUGAAAUAAAUUUGUCACAAUUGAAAGGCAAUUUCAACAAGUUAUUGUAAGUUUAUACAAACCUGCAAUCAGAUAAAACUUUUGAAUAAUCUUGCAUUUGAAUAUAACACAACGCUCUGUUUGAAUAAUACGAAGAAAUAUUUGGUUGUUGGGUGAUAGCAUGUGUAUAGCAUUGAACUGCUUCGUUAUAUUGACAUGAGUUGAACAGUUGAUUGCCCAUGUCUUUCAACGAUUGAUGGGUAAGUGUGGAUAUAUCAAGACCUCUUAAAAUAAGUAAGUUGAAACUUGUCAGACUACGUACUUCUAGUGUAACGUUAGCAAUACGGGGAACUAUUUCAACCAUGUCAAAUAUUUUAAGAGGUCUUGAUAUAUCCACACUUACCCAUCAAUCGUUGAAAGACAUGGGCAAUCAACUGUUCAACUCAUGUCAAUAUAACGAAGCAGUUCAAUGCUAUACACAUGCUAUCACCCAACAACCAAAUAUUUCUUCGUAUUAUUCAAACAGAGCGUUGUGUUAUAUUCAAAUGCAAGAUUAUUCAAAAGUUUUAUCUGAUUGCAGGUUUGUAUAAACUUACAAUAACUUGUUGAAAUUGCCUUUCAAUUGUGACAAAUUUAUUUCAGCGAAUUUUAGUAUUAUUAGUACUUUGUGGCGACAUUAGUCUGCGUGUAUAUCUGGGUGAAUUGGUUAAUAAAUAAUGAUUUGCUUUUAUAAUCUGUUGAAAGACAUUGCUAGCGUACUAAUAGUCAUUGAAUUACUAGAAUAUUAGCUUUAAAAAGUGAGAUAACGGCCCUAGUUUUGAGACUAACAAUUUCAUCUUUUUAAAUCAUAUGUGAUCAGUAAAUUACAUAAACGUGAUUUAUAUUGUUUCAAUACAUUGAUAAUAGCGAAAUUGUGGAAGGUUAACGAAAACGUUUACGAAGACGCAUGUAUUUAAUCAUUCUAGUGAUUUUAUAGUUACAAGGUCAGAAAGCUUCGAGUUAACAUUAUAAGGCAUACAGUUCAACGAAAAGUAUUUAUUACUCAAUACUAUCAGUCUCGACUUAUGGUUAGAGUUUUACCGUCGGAUUAAUUAAGUAAAACGUUAUGUCUCAUGUUGAUUAAACUAAUCGUAGUCUUAUCUCAUAAAGUGUGGUACUAUAUUGUUUUUGUUUCUUUGAAUGUAGUCCCUUUGGUACUGAACUAGAGAAUGCUAUGAUAUAGCAAUCCCUGUGUAUACUGUCUUGGAUGUUUCAAUGGGAGUCACGUGUUUUAGUGUGAAGUAAAUAGAUGGAUGAAUAAACGUAUGUUCAAUCUUAUCAACCACAGCCUCAGAGUAAUAUUUCAUUUAAAGGGAGUAUUUUUUCUAGAACCAAUAACUGAUAUCUCAAUCUCCCCACUAAAAACACUGGGUCGUGAUUAGAACUAUAAAAUUCUAUCAGUUGUAUAUAUAAUAAUAAGACGUUUUUGGAAAACAAACGCGAGGUUAAUAAAGGAUAGGUUGUUGUUCGUACUACUUGGAGGAAUUCGUGUAACAUACGACUUUGUUUUGGGAUACUAAUAAUUUUUGGGUGUGGGUGGUAAAUUUAUUAAUAAACUAACUGACACAAAUAAUUCCUAUUUUAAUCCUUAAUUAACAGAUGUUUUCAAAUUCAACUAUUUUUGACAUGCACUUAGAUGUUACUUCUUUUGCCACGAUACUCAAAAAUUAUAAAUUGGACUGAUUAACGUUAAUGGUUAGGUCCCAGCUACCAGCGUCUAGUCUUUUGCUUGCUGUCGCACUUGGACUUCGUUUCAGAUAUUAAUUUCAUAUGAAGUUAAAAUAACUAGAAUUGGAACCAAAGUGUUUGCUUUCAGCCAAAUAUUAUAAUGGGACUACUGAUCAUCUUAUUUUGCUUGAAACGUUUUACUUGUCCAUGAAUAAUUCACAUAACCACUUUAUGAAUCUGAAUCUUACUGUAAUUUUUAUGUAUGUAAUCCUUUGUCUAGACAGCCUUUAAAACCAGUGUCAGACAUUUGUAUCAUGAAUAUUUCCUACAAAAGUAAGUCAAAAUCGAUAACUUGUAUUAGGCAAUGAACCAUACAUUUUAUGCAACAUGCAUAGAUUUCAUUUGCAAGUCUCAUAAUGAAUUCAACUCAAUAGAUUCAUAGCUCUUAGAUCUUCUGAUUUUAGGAAUUAUUCACAGGGAGACUGAAUAAGCCUCUUAUUGGUAAUCUGGUCAAGCAUGGGGUUGUUUCAAACCCCUAAAAUAAUUCGUUUUCGUGAUGUGGAUAAUGCCAACAGUAUUUAAAAAGCAUGUUUCCUAUCAUUGAGUUGUAUUCCAUUUCAACAGCCGCUAGGUUUUGCAUAUAGACUUCAGUUUCUUUAUUCUACCACCACUUUUUCUUAGAAACAACGAAAAUUGGCAACUGUGGUAAGAUGAAAGUACCUGAUGUGAAUGAAUGAUUCGUGGUCUGAGCAAGACCAAGUACAUAAUUUAGUGAGAGAAGUAUUCGAUUGCCUCAAAGGUCCGCACAUUGUGUAGUAAGACUCAGGAUGUAGAGUGUUCGCUAUAUAUACCUAAAUGUUCUACUCUAUCGGAUGCUUGGUGGGAUUCUGCUCCACAUAGCUGAAUUUCUAGUACCGAAAUCAUUUUGGAGCAACUUUAUAUGGCUUAUCUCACUUAUAUACACCCGUUAACCCUCAUGGGGGAGCGUAGGACGUUCACCAGCAUUCUCCAUCCAACUUCGUCCUAGGUAAUACUUUCCAGUUGUUUCCACUUACUAUUCAUCCUUUCUAUGUCUGCUUCCAAUUCCGACGCAGUGUGUUCUUCGGCCUUCUUUUCCGUUUCCCUUCAGGAUUUCAAGUUAUCGCUUGGCUCGUGAUGAAGUUUGGUGAUUUCUGCAGUGUAUGUCACAACAUUUUGUCACCGAUAGCAUUUUGCAAAACAACUCUGAAGUAAAUACUUGGUGUUGAUGGAUAUCUUAUCCCUGGAAAAAGACUUUUCAACUUCAAGUACUCACACGACAUUGUUUUACUAUGUGGUGAUGUACAACCCACUCAUACUACUUUUAAUCAGUUCCAGUUAGUUUGUAUGUAUGGCAUGUACUUUUCUAACUUUGAAAUACAACGUACUCCAAAGGCCACAGAACCAUGUUAUGGACUUACCUUUUGAAGUGAGCCUAUGGAAAUAGUUGAAAUGUCAGUGUGUUUGGGCCUUGUGUAUCCUGUUGGUGACGUGACAGAUGAGAUCAGUCUAUACUUAGUAAAAGCCAGAGCUCUCUAUCACAAUUCCGGACAUCUUUGGCGCCGUCAUUAUGUUAUUCUGUCUGUGAAAAUCGGCUUUACAACAUCAGUAAGAAGUUUUGCUUUGUGCUCGUAAAACUUGGUCCCUCUGAACCGAAGGUGUUCGGUUAUCAAUGCUUCGAAGGAGUGCAACUGGUGCACUAGAUUAGUAUUAGUAAGAAAAGCAAUUGAUUUAGAUCAAAACAAUUUAAAAGCUCAUUUCUUUGCUGGACAAGCACACUUGGGCUUAAAUCAAUAUGAAGAAGCAUUAACAAGACUUGUUCAUGCUCAUAAUUUAGCUUUAGAACAGCAUCGUAAUUUUGGAGAUGAUAUAACUUCAGUUAUCCGAUUAGCUCGGAAAAAACGUUUCGAAGCUAUGGAUGAAGAUAGACAAAAGGAAGAAAUUUCUUUACAAGUUUAUUUAAACAACUUAAUCAUGGAAGAUGCUGCCCGUCAAAAACAAGUGAUUCUAUCUAAAUUGUCUGGAAUCAAUGGUUCUCUACCAAAUGUCGAGCCAACCAAAAACGUGUCUAUUGAUUUGUUAUCAGCCGAAGAUAACAAUUUUGAAAACAUCUCACCAAAGCACCAAGAAAUUCUUUCGAAAAUAGAUAAUACUGCUCAAAAAUACAUUUCAGAGCUUAAUGAACUGUUCUGUAAGGUGGACGAACGCCGAAAAAAACGUGAGAUUCCAGACUACCUUUGUGGUCGUAUUAGCUUUGAUCUAAUGCGAGAUCCUGUAAUCACACCUUGUGGAAUUACCUAUGAUCGGCCGUCAAUUAUAUCUCACCUGCGCCAAGUUGGACACUUUGAUCCUGUUUCACGUCAACCAUUGAUAGAAGAUCAGCUUAUACCAAAUUUGUCUAUGAGAGAGGUUGUACAAGCUUUUCUAAACGAAAAUCCCUGGGCUGAAACAUUAUAAGCACUACAACUGCUAUUCGUAUACAUUUCAAGAGUAUCUGUAUUACCUCGCAUCGUUGCUCCUAAGUCACUCAAUUUUACAUUUCUCUUCAUCUUUUGAACUACAAUGUAUUUUUUGCUUUAUCGUUGCGAUAUUUAAAGUAAAUUAUUAACUAUAUAUUCUUAAUUUUAGAUUUCUUAUCUUGAAAAAUAUAAACAUAAAUCAUUCCUGUUGUUCAUCAAUUAUUCAAAAUUGAAAUAAAUAAUUAGUUACCUAUUUUUUAAAUUUUUUCUUUGAAUUAUCAUGUCGUACGAUCUAACUCCCAUUUAUGCUUUCUAUAGUCUAGUCCCAAAGUUUAAUACCUAUUUUGUGCAUUACUGCACGUUUGUUCGAACUAUGUAUGGCCGACGUCGAACCGCAGCUUUGCCUCAUGUCUCCAGACGCCAGGGUGAUGUUGUAACAACAGAUGCUGUUCAGCAUGUUGACUGUCCAGAAGCCUCUAUUGAUACAUUGCAUUAUCGUCUACUGAGUCGAUCGAGGCCUGUGGGAGCGUCGUUCAUUUCUUCAUCAUCAUCCAGUAAUUCGUCACGUUCACCACCUCCACCAACAAGACGAACACGUCAGGUUCGUAGAAUAGAUCGAACUCAUCAUCUGUCCCAGCGUUCUACUGCUAAUCCAAGAUCACGUAGUCGUGGUUUAUCAGAUAACCUAGAACCGAGCAAUCCCAAUGUUCCAGUUUCUCUUCCUCGUCGAAGUCGUCGACGCACUUUCGUCCGUUCUCCAUUUCUUCAGCUUUUGUUCUCCUCUCAUGGAAGUCCUUCAUAUCAGAAUGAGUCGACCACUGAAAGUGUUAGAAUAAACCUGGAGAGUUUUAACGAUGAUAGUAUCCAAUUAACUCGCACUGAAGACCUUGAUUCCAGUAACAGACCUGGACGUUUACGUACCACCAGGUCUGGAAGAAGAGCCACACGUCGCCUGUCAGCAACAAACACGCGUUCCGCACCUUCUACGAACAUUCCAUCUACCAACCAUCCACCACGUACAAACAAUAGUAGGCGCUCUCAAAGUCUUAUUGAUUGCCCAGACGUUCGGGCGGCACUGGCAGCAGCUAGAUCCACUGGUCUUGAAAGUGACGACGAUUGUGUAAUCUGUUUAUGUGAGAAAUCAAAUCGUUGUGUUGUUUUACCUUGUAUGCAUACGUUUUGUUAUGAUUGUAUUUAUCGUUGGCUCUGUAUCAAUCCUUCUUGUCCAUUGUGUAAACGUUUGGCUCAAAAAAUUAUUCAUUCUGUUCUGUCUGAUACAGAAUUCACUGAAUUAUUAGUAUCUGAUUUACCAAAUAAUAACCGACGUAAUCGAGUGAAUAAUUUAUCCACUACAUUUCGAUUAGAUGAUGAAUACUUAAAUGCAUCACCAGAUGACACCACUAUUCCGCGAUCACACCAUCAUUAUCACUAUCAUCAUCAUUUAGGUACACAUCAAGUGCGUUUACUCAAUUAUCUCGAUGGAGUGACUCGUUCACCAUCAGAUAGUACUUCGUUAUACAUACCUCCCAUUCUUUUUCCAUCUGAUACCUCAAUAUCUCAAUCAAGAGCGGUUGGCAUUCUUGAUACUUCUUCACAUAUGUCAUACAGAUGGAAUCCAGAACUAGGAUCAGCGGAAAAUCGUCGGUCACUUCUAACCAUUUUGGUUGAUAAUGCUCUUCGAUCUAGCACUUCCUCGCUUUUGGAUAUUUUACUACUUCGACAGCUAGUAUACAUUUUCUGUCUUGAUUCCAUUCCUGUCCUACAAGAGUCUGAUCUCACACGAAAUAUCAGUCCAGAAUUUCUAGCAGCAAACGAAACUCAUAGACACAGGCUCGCAUCAUUUGUCCGUCGUGAAUUACGUGUUAUCGCCCCUUGGCUUGCUUAUGACAUUUCUUAUAGUUCGCAGGGAAGUCGCGAAAAUUCGGAGGAUAUCGGGUAUUAUAAUGCCGCUGUAACAUCUCCUCUUAUAUCUGGUCCUCCGGGCUUGGAGGUAGAAACAAGGGAACUCGACAAUUUAACCAAUAUAGUCUUGCAACACAUAUGUACAGUCUCAAUAACAAACGAACAGUCACUUGUUGAUCUUUUGGUAAGUCAACCAGCUCUUCACCCAUCACUGGUACCCCAUGCGUACCUUCAUCAUCUAGCCUCGGAGAUUUUGCAAUUUGCUCAGUUCACCGGAAGCAUGGAAGAAUACGACUCCUCGGUCUGUCUAUAUCGGCGCAGAGUUGCUUUGGGUGGAAUGAUGUCGUCAUCAACCGAAAGACACAGGGAUAGACAGUUCCAAGGACUUUUUCCUGAGCCUCGUUUGGCUGUAUAUAUUGCUUCCGCCUGUUGGCCUCGACUCCGUCCUGGCUUCGCUCAACCUGAAGGACUUAUCAUCCAUCCUCUAAUCAAUUGGCUACUCCAAAGACUGUUCGUUCAUGCUGUCUCUGGCGCUUCUCAUCCUGAUCCCUUACCUGGUACAGGAGGUCCUCCACCUAGCCUACCUAGUCCAUUAGUUUUUCAUGGUCCUUCACUAACUUGUCAUCCUAAUUGUCUUCGUUUAGGAAGUUCUUGUCAUGCUCUUCUUGAAGCCAUCAUAUCUUUCUCCAGAUUAAGAGGUCAAACGUCAGGGCGGACUAUUAAUUUGAGUCAUAAUGGGUCAGUAAGUAGCUCAGAAAUUUUCCCAAACCGUCUUUUAUAUCAACGUGUUUUAAGUGAACUGAUAGAUCAAGCACGGUUCAGUGAAGCUCUUAGUGGUCAAUUCAGUCAAUAUAAUGAUCGUACCCGACUGACGUGCCUUACACCACAAAAUUCAGAAGAAAUUUCUGUUAGUUCUGUUCCAAAUCAACGAACUAGUAGUAGAAUAUCUAUCCGAAAUGUUAUUAGCGUCAGAGAGUCUGCUAAUUACUUACAACCAGCUAUCCAGUCGCACCCACUUGCCCUAAGACGUCUGGAUGGUCUUCUACUUCUUUUCACUGCACGCGUUCCUGGUUUAAGAAAUGAUCCAGAACACCUGAUCAGUGAACUAUUACAUAUGCCACUUAUGCCUAUGACUCUAACUCCUUUAGCCGUUAUUGAUCUCACCAGCCCAAGGUCAGUAGUUAAUAGAUCACAAACAUUUUCCAUGCAAUCAGAAGGCCGAGGACAGUCGUUAGAAAACUUGGACACGAUAAGAGCACCAUAUGCAUCAAGGUUCUCAGGAAUUGAUUGGACAUUUCUAAGACAACCUCCACACUCUUUGUGUCCUCAAACUGAUCGCUCUGUUAAUUCAGCUACUACUACUAAUGGAUUUACUAACGAUGCUAAUUCUGGUGACUGGAGCUCGGCUGCAUCGAAUCAGCAAACAACGUCUAAUGACAUUUGUCCUUUUAGAGGUAGUCGAAUAUUCCCCUUGAUAUCUUCAGUGGGAUCAAUUACAUCAGCUGACGAGUCCACACCAGUGCACAAUUCACCUGGUGGUUGGCGUGACACGGCUCCAUAUGUUGUCAUAUCAUCGGACUCCUCAGAUGAAGAAACAAUAGGUCAUAAUGAACCGUGUGUAGCUCCCGCUCAAUUCAAUGUAUUAACCUCUGACGAAUCGGAACCAGGUCAUGAAUCUUCCCCAGAUAGUCGAACAAACAGAUGUGAAUCUACUGCAUCUCUUGGUUCGUUAUUUAAGACGUUUUCAAAUAUGCCUUUACAAAGUGAUUUUUCAACUGUAAACGAAUCUGUUCAACACUCAAUCCAAGAAACAGACAAGAAUAAAGCUUUUCAUUUAAACACUACACAAAUUGACAACGUGCAUAAUGUCAAUACUGAAUUGUCUCUUAGUUCAUCAGUGUUGUCUUCCACCAACACAAAUUCCAACUGGAGUGAUAGUUUCACUGAACGGCAUUCGACCAUAUCCCGUCGUGAAGAGCCUAUGGAAAUAGACGAACGACCUGAUGAGAUUUCGUAUUCGACAAUCCCAUCAUCUAGUGCUUGUGGUUCAUGUUUGACUGAUUUACCUAAAAAGUCCACAAAUCUUGCAUGUGAGAAUAAGUUUACUGUAGAAUCCGAUUGUUCAAAAAACACUGGAGCUGAUACUGCGGGAAACAGAUUUAAUAUUUUUUCUCCUAGGAAUUCUCUGAAAUACUAUUACCACUCUCAAACAAAGCAUGAAUCACGCUAUCGUCGUCGCAGGAGAAAGUUAAAUAUCAGUCAUUUAGAAAACACAGAUAGUGAUUGCGAACUUGUUAGAGAAUCGAUCAAAAUAGAUAGUGAUUCGUCGUGUUCAACUUCUAGAUCAGUUUUCUCAUCAAGGUCGUCAUCCUCUUCAAGUGAAUGGCAGAAAACUUCAAAAUUCAGUUCAGUAGCAAUGCACUUGUUUAAUUCUUCACAUCAACGCAAAACUACCCAUCAUAAAAACUAUCACCGUAGUCAUUGCGACCGUUACCAUCGUAAGUGUCGUCACAGGCAUUCGUGCUGCUGUUAUUGUCACUCAAGACGUCAUAAUAAGAUAUUCAUUCGUAAAUAUCAUCCGAGUCCUGAAAAACUAGUCAACUUAAAUAACCCAUCGUCCCCGGUCAUUAUUUCUGACGGCGAUGAUGCUGAUGAAUCUUAUAAAACUACUCCUGAAAAAACAAAUAAUUCUACUCAUCCCAGUCAGCAUCCAGAUUUGCAGACUGAGGAAACUACGCAAGUUGAUGUUUUAAAUGAUCGUCCUGCCAAUGAAGAAAAUUCACUUUCACUUCCAACCACUCCAAACCAUAACACUAUAUCUUGCCCUCCACAAAGCGACUCUUUUUCUCCUGAUCGAUCUGACACUGCUCCAUGUAGCUCAAAAACAAAUAUUUCAUCUGUUAACGAUUUGAAUCAUUCAACAAACUUCCCUAUUUAUGAACCUCCUACAGCCACAGAGUUUUAUCGCUUACUCGCUAAAUUUGAUGAUCAAGGUGAUGACGGCAAGAAUCUUGACCCAAGUGUAUGUGAAUCAACUUCGACAGCAUUAUUAUUGUCUAAUAAAUGGAGUCAAACAGAUAUAGUGAAGCUAUAACUUGUCAAUAUUUCUGGACCGCUAAUUCAUAUAAAAGUACAGACUUGGACUAUGUGUUGUAAGAAUUAACGAAAGUGUUGGAUAAGUAACUUGUUCAAAACUGAACUUGUAGUUUACGAGUUCCAUAAAGGAAAACGUUUUAAUGUAUAGUAUUUAUUAUUUGCCUCCACUGAUUUCUCUGUAUUUUCACACAAUAACUAAACAAACAGUACUCCGCUGUUUCUCUUUCCCAAUAACGUUUUGAGAAAAACGAACGCGAUUUUCCGUAUCGACUCAAGGUUUUCAUUCUGUUAAUUGUUUUAAAACAUCUAAUACCCACUUCCGUGAUAAUUAUCAUGUUUGCAAACCUAAUUUAAAUUCAUAUAUGUAAGAUAUGUCGAUUAUCUUAAUGAUUUAUCUUAUUUAUGAAUUGCUCCAAAUUGAUCUAGCAUAGGUAAUCAGAUUUAUUGGAUUUCUGUUGUCUAGCAACAGACU